AACUGUCGCCUUAUUCGCUAAUAUGAAGCUCAGUCACUUAAGCUCAUAUCAGCUGUUGUUGUUGUACUAUUGUUACGUAAUUUAAGUUAUUAUGAUGUAUUCUUAGCUGUAUCCGUGAAGUUGGAACUAUUUCGUACGCGGUGACCUGUGGGUAAAGAUCUACAUUUUUCGUAUCAGCAGCAGGGUGAAAUGGCCGCUGUGGAGAGCGGCGGAGGCUUCAGUCAAAAGCGAAACUCACAAGACUCUCAGCAGCCGUCUCCGCUGGCCUUGCUGGCGGCCACUUGCAGCCGCAUCGACACCCCGGGGGAGAACGACUCGUCCGGCGAGCAGCAGCAAAGCCAGCAGCAGCUGGACAUGAGUCAGGGUGUCUUCACCUCCAGUGCCAAUGGCUGGCAGGUGGUCCCCAUCAGCGUGCAAGCAUCGUGUGCCAACACCGUCACCACCGACUCCUCUGGACUACUGGCUGGAGGGGAGGCGGGCAAGAGCAGAGGGGUGCUGUCCUCAUCAUCAGCAGCAGCCACUGUGAGCGCUCAGGGACAGCAGCAGCAGUUUGUCGUAGCCCAGGCGCCAACACUACAGAGUCAACAGGUGCUCACCACCAUCCCUGGAGUGGUGCCCAACCUCCAGUAUCAGGUCAUUCCUCAGUUUCAGACUGUAGAUGGUCAGCCGCUGCAGUUUGCGCAUGGCCAGCAAGAUGCGGCCGUGCCUGCCAGUGCAGCCGGACAACAGUUUCAGAUCGUGUCAUCUGCCAAUGGUCAGCAGCUCAUAGCCACCACCAACAGAGGCGCUGGAGCGGGAAACAUCAUAGCAAUGCCCAGCCUCAUUCAGGGUUCCAUCCCCCUCCAGAAUAUCACCUUGGCAAACGGCGUUCUGCAGAACCAGCCGCAGUUCCUCGCAAAUAUGCCCGUGUCACUCAAUGGGAACAUCACGUUGCUGCCAAUCAGCACCGGAGCUGGUGGCACUGGAGGAGAUGGGAACGGUGGAGGGGACACGGGAGGAGGCCAGCUUGUCCAGCAACAGCCGACAUCUUCCAGCAGCGGUUACAUGACAAGUGCCUCCAGCAUCACCACUCAGACCUCUGCCUCGUCCUCUUCCUCGUAUGGUAUGACUCUAACGCAGAGCAGUAACGGAGCGGUGGCGGGGACAUUCCAGCAGAGCGCAGGGUCUUCUUUGGGCGUCCCCAUACAGCCGGACAACCGUGAGGUGCAGCAGCCACAGCAAAUCCUCAUCCAGCCUCAGCAGGUCAUUCAAGGGGGAACACCCCUCCAAACCAUCCAGGCUGGUAGUAUCACUACAGCGGGCGGUCAGGUGUUUGCCACCCCAACUGUCAGCCAGGAAGGCCUCCAAAAUCUCCAGAUCAUGCCAAACACGGGCCCCAUCCUGUUGCGCACGGUCGGUCCCAAUGGCCAGGUCAGCUGGCAGACCCUGCAGAUCCAGAGUCCAGCGGGAGCACAGAUCACGCUGGCCCCAGUGGGCCAGACUCAGGCAGCACCUACGGCCGGAGGAGUAUCGGUCAACACAGUGCAGAUCCCUGGGCUCCAGACCAUAAAUCUCAACACACUUGGAGGCUCAGGCCUCCAGAUGCACCAACUCCAGAGUGUUCCCAUCACUCUCACCAGCGCGGCAGCAGACCCAACGUUGCAGACAGGCGCCGAGAGUUUGGAAGACAACACAGCCCUCGACGACGAGGACAUCAGCCCGCCGCCGCAGGGACGACGUAAUCGCAGAGAAGCCUGCACUUGUCCUUUCUGCAAGGAUGGAGAAGGACGUAGGAGCGACCCCACCAAAAAGAAGCAGCACAUCUGUCACAUCUCCGGAUGCGGCAAGAUCUACGGCAAGACGUCACACUUGAGAGCACACCUCCGCUGGCACACGGGAGAGAGGCCCUUCGUCUGCGGCUGGUCCUUCUGCGGCAAACGCUUCACACGCUCCGACGAGCUUCAGCGCCACAAGAGGACGCACACAGGCGAGAAAAGGUUUGCCUGCACCGAAUGUCCCAAGCGCUUCAUGCGUAGCGACCACCUCUCCAAGCACAUCAAGACCCACUUCAACAAGAAAGGAGCGCUCGCCGCCAACAGCGCCGCCAUUUCCACUGACCCCGCCUCGCCGGCGACUGAAGGCGGCUCAGAGGGCCUGUCGGCUGGCGACCAACACACCAUCGUUGCCAUGGAAACCUUGUCGGCAGAGAGCAUAGCCCGGCUAGCCAGCAGCGGUAUCAACAUGGUGCAGGUGGACCUGAAUCACAUCAACGGGGGCAGCUACUAGGAGGAGAUUGCGUUCAAAAGGGCUCGUCUGACAGCAGACACCGAAUGAGCGCUUCAGGUUCAACACAAGAGACACUAUUACAUUUGAGUAGCGAGACAGGAAUAUUGAUUUGCGUAUAAAUACCUGUGGCAUUUAAAGUCGGAUCAUCUAUUUGUUUACAGAAAUCAUCCCAAAAUAUUAUUUUAUAUUAACGUUCCCUCUCCUGCCUCCCCCACGGGAACCAAUCACUUUCCAUAAUGGUGCUGCAAUGAAAUCACGAUACUGAAUUGUUAGCCGUUCUCUCCACUACACGCUCAACAUCGUCAUCUACAAACUUAUUACAGGUGGUCCUCGAGUUACCGAGUUCUGUUCUUAAAUGGUCAUGGCAAAAUUUUGUUUAAGUCAGAAAUUCUACCUAAAUUAACUCCUAAAUCACACACGCUGCACACAGAACACAUGUACAUACAGUAAUAGAAGAUAACAGAUGAAAUAUUCUCAUUGUAACAGUGCACAGAAUCCAUGACCCCCUGCAUUCAUUAGCAUUCAAUCAUCUUUAUCCUAAAUGAUGGUCACGACAGUCGAGCAGUUGGGACCAAAAUAGCGACCAAAUCGGUGGGCUUGUCUCCUCUCUCUGAGCUUUUUAUGAUGUUUAUUUUCACUUCCAUGCUGAUGGCUUUCCUUUUUUUUUUUUUUUUUGGCGCACUGCCACUUAGGAGACAUAAUGAAGACAUAAUGAAGUGUAAAAAGUUAACUAAUAAGCAAUGUUAUUCUUUUCUAGUGUGGCUGAGCAGGUACACACUAUUUGCGAGUCUUGUGUUUAUAGACCAAAAUAGAUUUUUUUUAUUCUACGGGCGUGUGGUCGUAGCCGCAAAAUGUCCUAACACGGAAUGGCAUAAAUCGAGGACCACCUGUACUGUUGCGCCUGCACUAACUCAACUAUGUCAUCGACGGAAGAUAACAUGGUUAGAGAUGAUUUUAUAGCCUUUUUAUACAUCCUACAGCUCAGAAAAAGGCAGUGUAGCUGAUGAACUAUCAAAAUGAGGUAAGUUUCAUACCCACUGAGGUCACAAUGCAUUCAGCCAUGGAUUCACCGCACACUUAAUCCAAUAUCGUAUCAUCGUAUAUCAUCUCAUUUUAAAUGCCAAAUUUAGACCAUUAAAACUGAAAUGAAGCAUAUUUGUUUGGGAGCAAACAAUCCAACAAUUGUAACAUUAAAAGAGCUGAAGAAGCUAGGAUGCGGUGUGCUAUCCUGAGAAUAACUAUUUAACAUAUUAUGGUACACAGCCAAGCUAUUUGCAAAAAAAAAAAAAAAAAAAGCAGCCACAAGAUUUUUGUCUGUGUGUAUAUAUAAAUAUAUAUUUGCUAAAAUAAAAAAAAAACAAUGUCGGCAAUCUUAGCCUAGGCCAGGAUCAUCCUUGUGAAUUGUGAGAGGUUUUGCCUUUCACUUCUCACGCACAAUCUUAAUCUUAUGUUAUUACUUUUGUUCAUGUGUGUAGAUCAUAUGUAAAAGCCUUUCAGUCAUUGAAUGAGUCAGUAUCCAGUCAUUCAUUUUGUUCCUAGGAUGUGUUUUUUUUUUCCCCUAUCACGCUCUCUGUGGUACAAGCUGAUACUUUGCCUUGACGUCAGCUUUUUUUUUUUUUUGUCUGUUCAGUGAAAAUAUUUUUGUUUCUGUAUGGCACAAAUGUGUAUGCUCAUACCAAAGGUUCAUAAGCAAAACUCUUUUGUUGACUUGUAACUGGAAAGUAUCCAGCAUGAGGCAGACCUUGGAUGCGUUUAAAAAAAAAAAAAAAAGGUCAAUUUUGGGAGGAUAUUGGUCACCACUGUGGGAAUGUCUUCCUUUACGUCACAAUUUCUAUCUUUGAAACUUCGAUACAGACUCUUGUCAUUUUACAAGUGCUCUUUUUUUUUUCUUUUUCACCCGUUUAAAUAAGGGAUUUUAUAUUGUAUACUACCGCAAAUGCAAACAGCUGGAUUAAAACCUGAAAUAUUCUAUAA